UUGUGUUGGGAAUGAUGAAUAUGGGUUCAUUGCAAUCAGAAUGCGUUACUGUAUUAUUACUAUUUAUGCUCUUAUUGGCAGUCACACCAUUCAAAUGCAAUGCCCAAUCUCGUAUUCCUCCCCACGAUGAAGUGGAAGCUUUUAAAGAAAUAGCUAUGCAACUGAACAAGUAUGUUGAUAGGCACUUCGAUGAUCCUUGUAAUCUACCAGCUUCUAAUAUUGAAUAUUACACAAAUGAAGUCAUCUGCGAUUGCUCCAGCUCUGCUAAUAAUGAAUGCCAUAUCGAAAGACUUGAUUUUUCAGGACAGAAUCUGGAUGGCAACCUUCCAUCAUCACUAUGGAAGCUACCUUACCUCAAGGAAGUAUUUCUAGACCGGAACUUCCUCAGUGGUUCGAUACCGCCAGAAUGGGGUUCAACAAAGUUGGAACGGCUGGAUAUUAGUGUGAACAAUUUAUCAGGGCCAAUCCCUGCCGAAUUAGGAAACAUAAGCACUCUCAGAGAGUUGAGCAUGGAGAGCAACUUGUUUUCUGAAACUAUUCCCUCUGAGCUUGGGAAUUUGGUAAACUUGGAAUAUUUGAAUUUAAAUGCAAACAAUCUCAUUGGAAAGUUCCCUCUGUCUCUCACCAAUCUCUCCAAGUUAUCUGUGCUUAAAAUCAGUAGUAACUACUUCACAGGAAGGAUGCCUGAGUUUGGCAAUUGGAAACAACUUGAAACAUUAGAGAUGGAAGCAAGUGGUUUCAGUGGGCCAAUUCCUCCUAGUAUUUCUACCUUGGCAAACUUAACAGAGUUAAGAAUAACUGACUUAAAUGGGGAGAACUCGUUAGAUUUUCCCGACUUGAGUAAAAUGACAAACCUUUCUACGUUGACAAUGAGGAGCUGUAAUUUAAGAGGAAAUAUCCCUGAAUAUAUUCUUUAUUUGAGAAGGCUAGAUGUCUUGUAAUUGUUCGAUUAUUCUCUUGUCAAAUUUUCUAUUCCUGUAUAGCGUUUCCUUGGAAUUUAAAC